UAGGCAGAUUUACUCUGACCAAAACGAGGUAUUAUUUUAGCAGAUGGGACUAACAUUUGGCCAUCGGAUUGGUUGUAAAAUAGCUUAAAGGGCGGGAGAGUCUCUUCCCAUUUGCUGUUGCCAGCUAGAGCAUGCAUACACCUACAGAAAAUAUCAGAUGCCAAGUGCUCACGUGACUCUGUGUUCCAUUUCAUUAUCCUUAGCUGAGCGAAAGAGGGAUGUGGUGUUCCUGCUGGAUGGUUCGGAUGGCACUAGGAGCUCUUUCCCUGCGAUGCGCGACUUUGUUGAAAGGAUGGUGGGGAGACUGAAUGUGUCUGAGAACAGAGACCGCGUGUCCGUGGUCCAGUACAGCAGAGAUCCAGAGGCCCAUUUCUAUCUUAACACAUACUCAAGAAAGGAGGACAUUCUUGACACAGUCAGGGGUCUGAGGCACAAAGGAGGGAGACCCCUCAACACAGGGGCAGCUUUGCAGUACGUGAGGGACAAUAUAUUCACUGCCUCCUCUGGAAGCAGACGUGUAGAAGGUGUGCCCCAGUUACUGAUUCUGCUGAGUGGUGGAAGGUCAUUUGAUAAUGUUGAUACACCGGCCUCAUCCCUGAAGGAGCUGGGAGUGCUUAUCUUUGGGAUAGGGUCAAGGAGCUCAGACAGCAGCGAACUCCAGAGGAUCUCCCAUGAGCCUAGUUAUGCACUCUCAGUAAGGGAUUUUGCUGACCUUCCAAGUGUCCAACAGCAGCUGUUCAGCAACAUUGACACAGUAUUUGUAGAGGUCACGUCUACCACUACCACGACGAUAGGUAAGAAAUAAAUAAACAUGCUUCUUCUACUUCCUCACAGCUUUUAAU